GUAAACUCAAAUUAUCCCAAUUUUUUAUUAGAGAAUCGUUGAAAGAAGCACCAUAUCGUCUCUCCUAGUCUCCUCUGUGAACAGCUCAAAAGCACUCUCCCAGUCACCUGAGCCGAGCUUCUCACAGCUCUCCGCCCCGUUCCCAUUUCGAUACAAUGCCGAUCAACCCUGAUUCCACGCCGCCUCCGAGGAUCGGAAAGAUCGGCCCCUACACCGUCUUCAUAACUCCUCCAUCCACCCCUUCACCCCACACUCCUUCCAAGUCCAUGGCUUCUCCGAUGCAAUCACCGACCCCGGCAAAGAUCCAUCCGUCGGAAGCGGCGCUCAAGACUCCACCACCGGUCAUGGUACCCCCCAAACAAUAUGACAACCGCUCUACCAAGCCCCGCUCGAGUACUGGGGUUUUCUGGGACGCUGUAGCUAAAGUUCAAAACGCGCACGCAACUCUGGAUGAGAACGUAGCGUAUUGGUUCGGGUUGAAUCAAUCAAAGUAUCAGUGGGCGCUCGAUGAUUACUACGAGAGCAAGGGAAUUGAUCCAGCGGAGGCAAAAGCUAGAGCUAUAACAAGCAAAGUAGAUAGUGUUUAACAUGCCUAUUUUGCCGGGUCUAUCUCGAAAUGCUGUCUGCAAAGCGUUCCCAACAAGUAGAUGUAACAUAUGCAUUAGCAGUUCUUGUGUACUAAAGAGCCCAUUUGUCCACCAAUGCCCUAGAGUACGGCUGUUGAUUUUUUAUUAGCUGCAGCCUGCAAGGAUGCAGCGACUAAAUAUUUUGUGGUGUGUUUUUGCUUUUGGCAUUGACCCAUCUGAAUCUUUCUUCAAUUUGCUUGAAGCAAUUGUUUGUUAAUAAACAUGUUGUAUGAGUAGCGCAUGUGAAAUCUGAUUUCUUUCCCUUUAUUUUUGAGAAAAGUGACUGGUUAAGUGCUCGAAUUUGUCUCUCGUGGAGUCGCGG